UAUACGGAUCGGAUGUGCGGAUACCAACACAAAAUCCGCAAUCCGAUCCAGUUAGUGUGCAGAUCCGAUCCAAAAGUUUUGCGGAUUGGAUCCAUAUCCGCAAUUUUCGGAUCGGAUUCGGAUAAAUACCGCGGAUAUACGGAUCGGAUCCGAUCCAUGAAUACCCCUAAAUAUUGGAGCUUUAUUUGUUUUGUUGAGCUGAACCCUUUCAAGAAUGUUCCUGAUUUGGAGUUUAGUUUCCAGCAAGACUCUGAGUCAGAGAUGGUUUUCAUCCGCAACAACUCCCCAAGUUCUUAGAACUGGUGAUGUCUUGAGACAAUCAAGACUUUUUACCGAGGAAGAUGUCAUUCAAUACUCUAAAGUGAGCCAUGAUUCUAAUCCUUUGCAUACUAAUCCUACGGCUGCCAGAGAUGUCGGAUUCGAAGGUCCUCUCGUCCAUGGGAUGCUCAUUGCUUCUCUGUUUCCUUGCAUCAUCUCGUCAUAUUUUCCUGGAGCUGUUUAUGUGUCUCAAAGCUUGAAUUUUAAGUUCCCUGUGCAUAUUGGAGACCAUAUUACUGGUGAAGUACAAGCAACAAAUCUGAAAGAAAAUAAAAACAGAUACCUUGCAAAGUUCAAAACAAGGUGCCUCAUGAAUGGCGAACUGCUUGUUAUUGAAGGUGAGGCUACAUCUAUGUCGACAACACUGACCUUUGAACAAAAGCAAUGUAAAGAGCAUUGAAAAAGCUAUUCACAAGAAUGGACUAUUAACAAUGAAAAACA